AUGGAUGACAGCGGCGUGUCUGUGCUGUGGUACAAGAGGUCAAAACCCCAGGGCAAGGUGAGGCGACGUGUUCAAGACCUCCGCAUACCUUCCCCAUCUUGUUAUGAUUAUAUAGCCAGCAGACCCGCGUUGGACCUGAGCCACAACGAGAGCGCUCGUCUUGCAGUGGACUCACUGCUUAACCAGGGCUUAGAGGCUUACCACGCAGUGUUGAAUGCAGAUGGAGAAGUGGACUUUCUGUCGGAGCUGGAGAAGACUUACAUCCUGGAGAAUGGGAGAGAUGGCAAGACAGCUGAUCCUGGUGCAUCUGAUGAUGAUGAUGAUGAUGAUGAUGACAAAGAUUUAGAGAGCUUGUCUGAUGACUCCCAGUCUACCACACAGUGUCCUGCAGAGUCCACGGACAGUAAUCCUACCUCAGGCUUGGAACUAAGCAGCAGAAAAGAUGUGAAGCGCACUGAUCUUGUCCCGGAUGAGCCCAAUGUUGUGGUUUAUUUCCAGUCUGACAGCAGAGCAGCUGCCAUGAAAGACCUGGUCCGAGAGUUCAUCAGAAAGGCUGGAAUGGCCCUGGCCAUAGUGAUUGACAGCUUCACUGAUGUAGAGCUGCUAUUUGACCUUCUGGAGCUGAGCAAGAAGAGGAAUGUGUCUGUUUAUCUCCUGCUGGAUGAUCUCAACCUGAACCUUUUCAUCAGCAUGUGGCAGGACCUGAAACUCAACAGCAAAAACUUCCCUAAACUGUCAGUACGCAGCGUCGCUGGACAGACAUACUGUGCCAAGACCGGCAUGAAGCUGACCGGUCAGAUUUCUGAGAGCUUUAUCAUCACUGACUGGACUGAGGUGCUGGCUGGCUCGUACAGUUUCUCCUGGCUGUCCUGGCAGGUCCAUCGAAGUCUUGCUGUUCUUGUAAAGGGCAGCGCAGUCACACCUUUCUAUCAGGAAUUCCUCAGGCUACACUCAAGCUCCAAAACAGUCCCCGGCUUUGUCACUUUUAUUACUGUGCCUCACACUCUCCCUCUGUAUGAUGCAUUACAAACAGCUCAAAACUCUAACACUAAUGCCAGUUACUCAAAAUCACACCUGACCAAAACAAUCUGCAACAGGACUCAGAAUGAAGAUGCUCAAAACACUCAGGCCAAAGAAACACUGAGGGUUUUAUCCAGCCCACAGAGUGCAGGAUGGGAGUGCAGCAGUGGUAAUAUUGAGCCUCUACACAGAGCAGACACUGGUACACUAGUACAACCUCCACAACAGCAACCAAAAACUCAACCACAGACACUGCAGAAUGUACCUGUGGGAAAGCCAAAGCAUACAGUGGGAGCUGUCUGCACACAGCAUGGUGCACAAAUGCGUGUGAAACCUUUGGAGAAGAAUCAAAACAAGAUCCAGAGUCACUCAAACCCUCUGGGUCACACUCAUGUCUCAUAUGUUCAGUCUCAGCUCACCAGCUGCAUCACCAUCCCCACUGCAGCGGAAAAAAAUGCGAGUGCUCAAGAGUCACACCCUGCCUCCCCCACAAAAGGACAGCACAGGAUUGUCAAUUAUCAAUCGACUUUUAAGAAAUAUCUCGAGCACCAUAGCGUGGGUACUGAAGAUCUUCUCUUUCGUCAGAUGAAUAGGCACAGAUUGACGGAGCCUUCAGGGAUUGCUGCAGGUCUAAACACGCAAAGACGACUAUGGAACUACUCAUUUCACUUUAAACCGACGGUGGACUUUCUGUCUGAUAAUCCCAAAGUCCUGUCUCCUUCCACAUCACAGCAAAAGCAAGCAAAGAUGGACAUGCAGAUACCUUUAACCCCCCCAAGAGGGCAUACAACUGGGCUACAAACUAGAGUGUCCUCUAUGGGAACCAGGAGGCAAGAUCAGCCCCUGCGGCCCCACCAACCUUCCCUCCAGAAACACCCAGCAGCAGAGGCUCCACGUACAAAAUCAGCAUUAUCAGCAACCCUAGCUCAUCUUAAACCUCAGCUCCAGUCCGACUCCAAGCUACUCUUCUCAGGGACACAUCUACAGCCCCACACCUCCCAGCAGGCCAGGCCCCCUCCAAGACUAAACUGGAUGCCCCAGAGUCGCGCUGAAAGGCCUAAACCUGUGGCUCGCCAAACCUCCUUCGACACCACAUACGGCACAGGACAGAAAAUGGGCGGACAAGUGGGCAGCAGGCCAUUUCACAGCAGCAUGCAUACAUCAUUAGGAAGGAGCAAAAGCCUGACCGACAGACACUCAGCGCGCCUGAAUCCAAACAUAUGCAAAACGUGA